AGAGCAGAUCCGGCUUUUCCAGCAGGUGAGGGAAGAUUUAUGGGUUCUAGGUGUGUUCUAGAGCAAGAAGGAAGGAGAAAUCUCCAAACUUUCUCACUAGUUUCUCAGAGGCUGGCUGGGUUCCCUUUCUUUUUUUCUUCGAGUGGCUGCAGCGGGAAGAAGAAGAGCAGAAUCGGGAAUGGCUGGGGGAAGAAAGAAGGAAGGAAAAGAAAGAGAAAAGAAGUCAUCCUUAUCCAAAAUUUUUCCCUCUUUAAAUCCAUGGGUUAUAAACGGAACCCAGUGCUUGCUGGGUUCAAAAUCAAACCCAGCACCUUCAAACCCAGCACCUGCAGGAACCCAACUUGAACACAGUGCCUACUGGGUUCGAAAUCGAACCCAGCACUGCAGGAACCCAGCGGCUGCUGGGUUUGAUGCUAGGUUCGAUUUCGAACGCAGCAGCUAUGCGUUCUUCAUCUUCAUCCACCUGCAAAAACCCAACGACUGACUUGCCUUCUUCAUCAAUCAAUUUCUCAUAUCAUC